AUGGGUAUCGGCCUUAGCAGGGAAAAAGUGGAACCAAGUGAGUUAAAACAAUUUCGAAGAUCAGAAUCUGAAGACAGCGAUGACAUUACAACCAAAAGUCGUUCAUCAACUGACGUCUGCUUUCUUCUUACUUUUCUAUUGUUUUUGACAGCUUUGAUAUGUUUUCUGGGAUAUUGUAUGUUUAACGGAAAUAUAUUUAGAGUUAUAAACGGUUAUGACAACUGCGGCAAUAUUUGCGGAAAAGCAAACAAAAUUUUUGAUAAAAAGGACGUAAAUGCAGAAUGUUUUGGCCAAAGCAGAAUAAAUGAGCCGUACCACGUCGUUCUUCGGCAAAAUAGAACCAAAGAAGUCCUUAGGCUGUGUAUUUCAGAUUGUAAUUUAUAUGAAGGAUACAGAAAGUUCUUCAAUAGGUGUAUACCGAACAAAACCCAAGCUGUGGUAAAUACGAUAUUUUCCAGGACUGGGCUCAAAAAUUUUUUCACGGAAGUGUCUGAAGAUUUUCAAAUAUGCUGGAGCGAAAUCUGUUACCUUUGCCUCAUAGCUCUAGUAUUUUCCUCCAUAUUGCUAGUACUAUUCAGGUACCUAGUGGGUUUCGUGGUCUGGAUCAUCUUACUUGGCUCAGUAACCGCCAGCAUAGUCGGAACUGCACUUUUAUGGUGUGUAAACAGACUAUACGGGCCACAAUAUGGAGCUUUGUGGUAUCCUUUUUUCUAUUUUUUCAGGGUUAUGUGGAAGAAUUCCAAAAAUAGUAACGAAAACACUCCGUCCUAUCUCAUACCCGACGUGGAUUCCGAAAAAACUGAUACGUAUUUGGUCUUUGCUAUACUGGCAACCAUCGCAACUGUUGUGAUAUGUUUAAUUAUUUUUGUGAUGAGAAGUAGAAUCAAGUUGGUGGUGCAAUUAUUUGAGGAAUCUGGAAAGGCUAUUACGGCCAUGCCUAUUUUACUGUUUGAACCUAUUUUGACUUUUUUAUUUUUGGGAAUAACCGUUUCACUGUGGUUCUAUUUCUGUUUGUGGAUAGAAAGUUCUGGAAGCCUAACAGAAACUAAACCGAACAUUUACCAAUAUAAAAAAGACGGUUGGAUGAAAUUCACUAGGUGGUACAAUUUUUUUGCCAUGUUAUGGAUGACGCAGUUUGCAAUCGGAUGUCAACAUAUGAUUAUUGCUGGUGCAGUUGCUAUUUGGUAUUUUAAAAGGAAUAAGUCCUCACUAGGCACUCCAGUACUACAAAGUGCCGAAAAUUUAGUUAGAUACCAUUUGGGAUCAGUUGCUUUAGGAUCAUUUCUGAUAGCGACGGUACAAUUUGCGAGGGUUCUUUUAAAAAUCACCGAAAAAUAUCUAAAAAAGAAGGAUGGAAAAUGCAUUGAUUGUAUGUUGAAGUGUUGCCAGUGCUGCCUUUAUUGUUUCGAGAAAAUUCUCAAAUAUAUAACCAGGAAUGCCUAUAUUGAAGUUGCUAUUUACGGAUAUCCUUUUUGUAAAGCUGGACAGCAAGCGUUCAAACUGCUUUCCUCAAAUGUAUUAAGGGUUGCUGCGAUCAAUUCAGUAGGCGAUUUUGUACUGUUUUUGGGUAAAGUAGUUGUUGUGAUUGCUACGGUUCUCAUUGGCAUCAAAAUGCUGCAGUACAAGGAUGGUCUUCAACAUAUGUGGGUACCCGUUACUUUGGCAGGAUUGUUUGCAUAUUUUGUGGCCCAUUGCUUCAUGACUGUAUACGAGAUGGCAAUCGACACUAUUUUUCUGUGCUUCUGCGAAGAUUGUGAACAAAAUGACGGCGAAACCAGACCGUAUUUCAUGUCCAGAGGACUGAUGGAGUUCGUGGAAAAUUCUAAACGCGCCUUGGACAUACACGAUUCUAGAAAGUCCACGGCCACUACGGAGGACGCUAAAAAUGUUCCCACUAUCAGCGGUGACCUAACAAGAAAUUUCUCAGGAUAG